CAUAAAAUGAAAAAUCCCUUCAAAAAUUUUAAAAUUAGUGAAUACUAUCCAAUCAAAUAUGAUAAAAAGUUAAACAAAUAUAAAGUAUUUGGUACCUCACCAAUACAUUGUGGAAGAAUGGUUUUAGUUAUUUUAUCAUUAUGGGCAUUUUUUAUAGGUUUAUUCUUAGUACUUUUAUAUGGAUUUGGUAGAGAUUUAGGUGUUGAAACUAUUUAA